AGUUGCCAUUUCUCCUUACAUGAGAAACCUCCCACUUAGCAAAAUUUCCUAAGAGCUGUUUAGCUUCACUAAUAAACAUGCUUGCACUGUUAAAGCCUUCCUUGCCACUUCUAAGCUGGUUAAUAACUUGGAUGGAGUCACCUUCAAUGAUCACUUGUGUAAGGCCAAGCUCCAUGCCAAAUUGUGCAGUUUUAAGUGCACCGAAUGCCUCAGCUAACAAAGGGUCCGGGAAUAGUUGGAUAUAUAAGUGCAAAAAGUGGAGUUGGAUAUAUAAGUAGGCAAGCUGCCCUUGCAUAAACCAACUAUAAUCAGUACGUCCCUACCAAUUAACCCAAGAAAAGCUCAAAUUUUUCAGUGGAAGAUUACCAAAUAUUCGGACAUAAUACAGCAGCAGUCUGGUGUGGAUAUAUCAACUUUAUCCACAUGUCGGCGGGUGACGUCUGGCGGCCUCCACCCCCGCGACUGGUAGGUAGUAAUCUCAGCUCGCAGAAAAAACCAAAGAAACGGUAUUAUCUUAUUUAGAAACAAACCCAUCCGUCAGUUCAUCGUUAACAACACCAACAUCACCAAUCCCAACACCUGACAAGAAGCAAACACAGAAACCAUAGACACUCACCCAGAAAUAUAGUACAACGACUGAGAUGGCGUUGCUCCGCAAGUUCUUUUUCCGGAAGCCGCCCGAUGGGCUUCUUGAGAUCUCUGAGCGAGUCUACGUAUUUGACUGCUGCUUCACUACCGAGGCUUGGAAUGAAGAGAACUACAAGGUAUAUAUUGGUGGGAUAGUUGGUCAACUUCAAGAUCACUUACCUGAAGCUUUAUUCUUGGUAUUCAAUUUUCAUGAGGGAGAAGCACAAAGCGAGAUUGCUAACAUAUUGAUCGAGUAUGAUAUGACCGUAAUGGACUACCCUCGGCAUUUUGAGGGUUGCCCAGUGCUGACAAUAGAGGUGAUCCACCAUUUUCUAAAAUCAAGCGAAAGUUGGCUAGCACAAGGGCAGCAUAACGUGCUGGUGAUGCACUGUGAACGUGGUGGUUGGUUGGUUUUGGCUUUUAUGUUGGCUGCAUUAUUGAUCUAUAGGAAACAGUACAGUGGGGAGCAGAAGACCUUAGACAUGGUUUACAAACAAACUCCUCUUGAAAUUUUGCAUUUUUUGUCACCACUGAAUCCAAUGCCUUCUCAACUGAGGUAUCUACAGUAUGUAUCAAGGAGGAAUGUCGCCAUAGAAUGGCCACCAUUGGAUAGAGCCCUCACCUUGGACUGCAUCAUUCUCCGAUUCAUUCCUGAUUUUGACGGACAUGGGGGUUGUCGUCCAAUAUUUCGGGUAUAUGGACAGAAUCCUUUGCUUGUUGCUGAUAAGACCCCGAAAGUCUUGUACUCAACACCAAAAAGACGCAAAGCUGUCCGGGCUUACAAGCAGGGAGAAUGCGAACUAGUUAAAAUAGACAUCAAUUGCCAUAUUCAAGGCGAUGUUGUGGUGGAGUGUGUUAGCUUGAAUGAUGAAAUGGCACGUGAAGAGAUGAUGUUCCGAGUAAUGUUUAAUACUGCUUUUAUUAGGUCUAAUAUAUUGAUCCUAAACCGGGAUGAAAUUGACAUAUUGUGGAAUGCUAGGGAUCAAUUUCCAAAGGACUUCAAAGCAGAGAUUCUCUUCUCUGAGAUGGAUGCUGCUGCUUCUGUUGUAGCGGGUGAUAUCUCAAGCUUUGAGGAGGAGGGCCUUCCAGUGGAAGCAUUUGCAAAAGUUCAAGAGUUUUUUAGUUAUGUGGACUGUUUAGAUCCCAAGGCCGAUGCAUCACUAAAUGUGCUCCAACACAUGAGUGCAUCAAAUAUUGUCCACGAACUGUUGGAAAGCAGUUCUCAUGAGAGUGUGGAAACUAGUGGUCUAUUGCAGGAGACAAGUCCUAGAAAGCUUUGGGAGAAAAAGAAGCCCAUGGUCUUGGAAAGCAAGGCUAAGAGCUCCUUGUCUUUGUCCCCGGAGAUUCAGUCCAUGUCCAUGUCCUCACCUAAGCAAUCUCUUGGUACUUAUCUGAGUAGAAAGGUAGCUGAGACUCCUGACAUUCAGAUUCUGCUUCAACUACCCAGACAAUCUGACGUCAGCUGCCAAGGGAUGCCUCAAUCUUCUCCGUCAACAAUAGUCUCCUCUAAAUCUGUGGAAGAUGCAUCUGUAGCCCAAACUUCUGACAUAGAACGUCAGCUACAUUAUCACACCUUAUCUGAAAGUGCAGAAACCACCCAUCCGCCAGCUAUAUCUCCAGUCAUUACAGAUCCAACCUUGUCUGUUUCACACACAUCUGAAUCUCUAGAUGCCAAAAUUGUUUCGGUUUCACCCCCUACACCUCCUCCUCCACCACGACAGCCUUCCUCGACUGAUGUUUCUACGAAACUUUUUCAUUCUCCAACUCCUCCACCACCUCCAACACUGCUGCCUCCUCGAACACCUCCUUUGAAGGAGAAGCUAGCUGUUAGAGCUAUGCUACCUCUGCUUCCACCUCCACCCCCUCAUACCGUGCAAACUGCAGGUCCUACAAUUCCUGCCACUAGUUUAUUACUUAAUCCUCCUUCAGCUCCAGCAAUUACUUCAUCAACUAAGCUGCCUCCAAAUCCUCCACCGCCUCCAAUAUUGCCACCUCCUCCAACACCUCCUUUAAAGGAAAAGAUAGCUGUUAGAGCAGGACAUCCUCCACCCCCACCCCCACCCCCACCCCCUCCCCCUCCUCAUUCUCAGCAGGUUGCAGUUCCUAGAGUUCCAUCUUUAGUGCCACCACCACCUCCUGCCCCCAUUUUUUCAUACAAGAACUCACACCCUGCAUCACAAAAUUCUCCACCUAUUCCAUCCCCGCCCCUGCCCCCGCCCCCGCCCCCUCCACCAGCUCCUUUUCUUAAAGGUACCUCUAGGACAGGUGAUGGUCAUCCAGGAUCCCUUGCUCUAGAUGGUAAUGGAGAUAGUAUCUAUGUAUCUCCAUCUUCUGGAUCACCAUCUAAUUCUCUCAGUAGGGGAAAGGGGCAAAUUCUUUCACGUACUCUAAGUGCCAAGAAUUAUCAUAACAAAAAAUUGAAGCCAUUGCAUUGGUUGAAAUUAUCAAGAGCAGCAUCAGGAACUCUUUGGGCGGAGGCACAAAAAUUGGGUGCAGCUUCAAAGGCUCCAGACAUUGACAUUUCAGAACUUGAGAAUCUUUUCUCGGCAUCACUUCCAAGUUCAGAUCAUGUUAGGAAGUCUAUGCGAGGCUCAGUUGGACCUAAAUCAGAUAAAGUGCAACUGAUUGACCACCGGCGGGCAUAUAACUGUGAAAUCAUGCUUUCAAUGGUGAAAGUAUCAUUGCAUGACUUAGUGAGUUCAGUGCUUGCCCUUGAAGAUUCAGCUUUAGAUGUGGACCAGGUUGAGAAUCUCAUAAAGUUCUGUCCUACGAAAGAGGAGAUGGAGCUACUUAAGGGCUACACAGGAGAAAAGGAAAAGUUGGGGAAAUGCGAACAGUUCUUCUUAGAGUUGAUGCAAGUACCACGUGUAGAAUGUAAGCUUGCAGUUUUUUCAUUCAAGAUACAAUUCCAUUCCCAGGUUUCUGACCUUAGAAAGGGUCUAAAUGUUGUGAACUCAGCAGCAGAAGAGAUCAAGAAUUCAGCCAAACUGAAGAGAAUUAUGCAGACAGUUCUGUCGCUUGGAAAUGCUUUGAACCAGGGAACUGCUAGGGGAUCUGCUAUUGGAUUUAGGUUGGAUAGCCUUCUUAAACUUACUGACACGCGUGCACGGAACAACAAGAUGACUCUCAUGCAUUAUCUUUGUAAGGUGCUUUCCGAUAAGCUGCCAGAAGUUCUUGAUUUUUCCAUUGACCUUGCCAGCUUGGAGCUGGCUUCAAAGAUACAAUUGAAAUAUUUGGCAGAGGAAAUGCAAGCCAUAAGCAAAGGAUUGGAGAAAGUUAUACAGGAACUGUCUGCCUCGGAAAAUGAUGGCCCUGUAUCAGAAAAUUUCCAUAAGACUUUAAAAGAGUUUCUUCUUUUUUCUGAGGCCGAAGUGAGGUCUUUGGCAUCAUUGUAUUCUGGCGUGGGUAGAAAUGUGGAUGCACUGAUCAUUUAUUUUGGGGAAGAUCCAUCUCGCUGCCCCUUUGAACAAGUUAUUUCAACUCUGCUCAGCUUUGUAAGAAUGUUCAAGAAAGCUCAUGAAGAGAACUGCAGGCAGCUUGAGCUUGAAAAGAAGAAAAGAGCAGAGAGUGAAAAGACAAAGACGGGCGCCUCACAUGAGGAGUCCAAAUAGCUUUUAAAUACUCCAAUACACAUUGGAAAUGUUAAAUUAUAUAAGUGCUUAAAUGAACCCUUCUCUAGUGGAGUCUAAAAAUGCUCCAGUAUGACAAGAACCUUCCACAUUAGAGUAUGUUUUGUACAAAAAAUAGUUCUCAGUGUCUGUAGAAGCAUGUAUAUUGGUCAGUAGAUUGAAUUUGUAUAUGGUACAGAGUAUAAGGAUCAGGAUUCAGGUCAUAAUUGAAUUUUUCCACUUUCAGGGGCAGAGAUGGAGUUUGCACGAUCCUGUUCCUGAAAGGGUGCAAAUUGUCUCCGGGAAGCAAUAAUCUAUGGAAAAGUCUUCUUGCAAGCAAGUUCGCACACUAAACCGUGCACCAAUGCUGACAUGGAAGACAUCCGUUUAAUGAAACGGUACAAAUUAAAGACGAAAAUGAUUUUCAUGAGAUAGAAGACCUUAUUCUUUUUUCAAAAUUUUUCUUCUUUUAUUUUUCUUUUCACUAAAAAAGAUAUGUCAGCAUCGGUAUGUAAUUUGGUGUGCCAAACCGUUUGUACCUAGCAAGACUCAUAAUCUAUAACCUUGCAAGUUGUGCUUGUCUAUAUUUUCUAAUUUCA